GCUGGAGUUUGUACACCGUACCCAUUGGAAGCCGUGGAAGCUCGGGCGUGCAGAGCCGAGUGGAUCUGGGCGCUCGGUGCAGGUCCAGGGCGUCAGGGACAGGCAAGUUAACCGCCGAAGGAAAGGGACCCGGCAAAAUGGAAAUUGUUCGAUGGACCCAUUCUGAUUUAUAUUUUCUCCAGGAAUGCGGAAGCACGGACGGGAGUCUGGGAAAGAGUGUACUGUAUUCCAGUCUUUGGGUGGCUGAAGUUGGGGGUGGGAUGGUUUAUUUUUCCUCGAAGCAGAGAAUAAUUCUUCCGGUGGCAUUUUUUCCGUGAAUAGGACAAGGGGACGGUUGCUGGCGCAUUCGUUGAAAAGGAGGAAUCGGGGGGGUCGCAGACAGUCGACUCGGUCGAAUAGUCGAGGUCUAGAACGCCCAAGGGACCGGAAAAAUGGAGAGUGUCAUGUGCCCCGAUCGACUUGCAGGGGGACCACUUUGGUGGGUUUUUCACUGGACCAAAGGGGGUUGGCUAUCUAUAGAUCUUCAACGGGGGAUAUCAGAUUGUCAUGGUUGGAGUAAUGGUCACGAAUAGUUCGUGUCAUGAUUAUGGUGGUGUCAAUCAGCGUGCAACCGGGACAACGAGCAUUAACCGCUGAAGAAUUACGGUGGAAGUAUAUCGGAUAUCGGGGAAUGCCAUUCGUUGUAUCCGUAUACGACGGAAUAGGGGAUUAUAGAGAAGAAAGAUCGAAGAACGGACGAAGAAUUCUAGUGCAUCCAGGAUAGACAAAGUGGGGGGAGUGACGAGGUCUUCUGAUCAAAAAAAAAAAAAAAAAAAAAAAACGGUCUAUGAACCGGAUUUACCAGGACCACCUUUACCCAGAGACUCGAGUCCAACCCCCACUCUCCCUCUCUCCCUCUCUCCCUCCCGCAAGCCCACGCAGCCACGAGCUCCGUAGGAGCUGCGAAAAGGGCCCUUGGCCUGUGAAGGGAACUUCCCACGGGAGGAACUAUAGCGACCGAGUUUCCACCCCGGCUACUGAUCCCAUCAUCUCUCCAUGGCCCACCCGUUUGGAUAAGAACUCGCUCGUCUUCCCUGGCACACGCGAACCGGGUUCGCAUUUCGUUCUUGUUCUGCCUUCGCCCCUCGUACGUCACUCUCCACUUUUUUUCCCUUCUUCGCUGGCCUGGGAUCUUGGGAGCUCUCCCGUAUCCGUUGCCAAUACCUUACACGCCACGUAGAGAACAGGAGGCUCCAGCAGAAGAGAAAGAGGGAGAGGACGAUAAUCAUUAUUAUUCUUAGUUGAUCCUCCGUGCCAGUGUCUCUGGUCAAUUCCCGUCCCACGGCCUAUCGUCAUACUUUCCUUGGGUUUCCCUCCCCCACACUUUUUUUUAAACUUGUCCGCCACCUUUUCCCCUCCCCCCCUCUCACUCUCUCUCUCACUCGGUCUCGGAUUCUCUCUCUUCCUACACUCUCCGCCUCUCCUCCGACGCCUCACAUACAUACACACCACCCCCCCACACUUUCACAAUGCGCAAUCCUUUUGAUCUCGACGAGAACAGCGUGGACGGUGACUCCGAACCCCCAACAGAUCUGGAGUUUGAGGUCGACGUCCGACCGCAUCAGACCGAUGAUGGCGAGCGCGCUUUAUUGCAGGAUGAGGAGCACCAUCCGUCCGAUCUAAAAGAACGUUUUAUUGGCACGAUCGAUCAGGGUACGACGAGCACCCGUUUUAUUAUCUUUGAUUGCACGGGCGUUCCCAUCGCAAAGUACCAAACAGAAUUCCGUCAAAUUCACGAACAUCCUGGAUGGCACGAACAAGACCCCUAUGAAUUGGUAGAGUCGGUCUACAUCUGCAUUGAGGAGGCGAUGAAAUCAUUCCUGGCUCUGGGCCACUCCCGAUCCGACAUUGAAGCCGUCGGAAUCACCAGUCAACGAGAGACCGCUCUAGUCUGGGACUGGGAGACCGGAGAGCCUCUUCACAAUGCCAUCACUUGGACCGACACACGCACGGUGAACCUAGUCCGUGAACUUAAGGAGAAGCCCGGUGCCGAAGAUCUCGUCAACAUCUGUGGCCUACCCCUCUCCACAUACCCCUCCUCGGUCACGUUGCGUUGGAUGCUGGACAACCUCCCCGACGUCCGAUCGGCGUAUGACGACGGCCGGGCCGCCUUUGGUACCGUGGAUUCCUGGCUCAUCUACAACCUGAACGGUGGUCCUCAGAACAGGCGUUUGGUCACCGACGUCACCAACGCCUCACGCACCAUGUUCAUGAACCUCGAGACCCUGCAGUACGACGACCGACUCCUCAAGUUCUUCGAUAUCGAUCGCAACAAGAUUCGUCUUCCGGAUAUUCUCCCCUCGUCCGACCCGGAGGGCUUCGGUGAGAUCUACGAGGGUCCCCUGGAGGGCACCCCCAUCACCAGCUGCCUGGGUGACCAGGCCGCGGCACUCGUCGGCCACUGCGCCUUUACUCCCGGCUCCGCUAAGAACACCUACGGCACCGGAUGUUUCCUUCUCUACAAUGUGGGUGAAAAGCCCGUCAUUUCCAAGCACGGUCUGCUCGGCACCGUUGGAUUCCAGCUGGGCCGGGAUCGCAAACCCGUGUACGCCCUCGAGGGUAGCGUGGCCGUGGCCGGCAGUGGUGUUUCCUUCCUCAUGAACAACAUGGGCUUCUUCCGUGACUCGCGAAAGGUCAGUGAUCUGGCCGCGACUGUGCCGGACAGUGGAGGCUGUGUGUUCGUGACUGCUUUCAGUGGUCUCUUUGCGCCGUACUGGAUUGAUGAUGCCCAGGGAACGAUUUGGGGUAUCACUCACCACACGCAACGAGGGCACAUUGCUCGCGCAACGAUGGAGGCAGCUUGCUUCCAGACGAAAGCCAUCUUGGAUGCCAUGGAGAUGGACAGUGGCAAGAAGUUGACGGAAUUGGCCGUGGAUGGUGGCAUGAGUAAUUCCGACAUUUGCAUGCAGACUCAAGCAGAUAUUAUUCAAAUCCCCGUCGAACGCCCCGCCAUGCACGAGACUACCGCCCUCGGCGCCGCAAUCGCGGCCGCUUUCGCUAUCGGAGUGUGGAAGGACUUUUCUGAUCUCAAGCACAUGAACCGCGCCAACCGUGCCACCUUUGAACCUCACAUCACGCCCAAGGAGAGUGUCCGCAUGUACAAACGGUGGUCUAAGGCCGUCGAAAUGUCCCGGGGUUGGAUGGCGCAAAAGGCCGAGUUGGACGACGACGUUGAAUAAAUAUGAACCCGCACCCGCAUCCCUCCAUCACCUGCAUUUUCUCUAUACCACUUUUAUCUUCGAUUUUCAAUUUUCUGCUCGACACGACUGCCAGCCAGUUUGCCACUGCCCACAGCCGGGAUUGAGUCAACAAUGAGAUUGUCCCUUGCAUCUCAUCACCACACAGAGAAUAUGCCAUGAAAUACCCGCCUCCCUCAACACACGUCCCACACCCCCGUUCUCUCUGUUCGUUCGCAUAUCCUGGCUGUGAUUUCGAGGACAUAUGGAAAUUUCCAUAUAUAUCUCCCACUCCAUAUCUCCCACUUCACUAUACAUAUUUAGAGACCCUCAUUUCCGAAUAAAAGGCUCUGUCCUCUACAGGCGAACUGACCACUUCGGACUCGGCUAUUCAUUUUUUUUUUUUUCAUGACCGUGAUGAAUGGUUGUGUUUCUUAUCUCUGUUUUCCAGCGACGAAGUCUUGAGGGGAAGAGCUGGGCCUUGUCUCUUGUUUCUCCCUCGGUUGCGUUUCUUUUCAUUCUCCUCCAUCUUGAGCUCUUCUCUACCAUUGAUUUUCUACUGCCUUGCUCGACGCACUGAGAGCGUCGAGCCAAGGUGCAUACUUGUGUACAUAACAGCGGAAUUGCCUCCACAAUCAGAUUAAAAAAUUUUCAAAAUCAUUUUCUCUCGCUAUGUAUAGCAUGGCUUCA